AUUCUGUAGUGUAAUCAGGAAUCCACUUCCUUCUCUAAAUUUGAAUGUUGUAUUGAUUUUCUCUCUAUGUUUAUUUUCUUUUUCUUUUUUUUUUUGUCAUUGAGUGAGCGGUUUUCUUCAUCCAAGGUGUGGUGAAGUUUCUGCUCUACAUCAGAUCCUCUGCUCAUCGUCAUCAUGACAGUGCACAUAACACUUAGGCUGAAUAGCAACAUCAGUAUCUUCAAAUCUUCUUGCUUCUAGUAGGAGAAAAAGUGGAAAAGAUAUUAGGCAAAAGAAUUUUACCCAGUAAACAAGUUGUGUACUUGGUACGCUGGAGAGGUUUUUCAUCAGACCAUGAUUCUUGGGAACCGUCCAAAAAUCUCAAAGCGUGUAGGCCCCUCAUUGUAAAAUUUAAUAACGAAAAUCUUCUAAAUAAAAUGCCCGAAGGGUCGCCAGUACCAGUUACCCCGUUGAAGAAACCUGGCUCUCACAAGAAAGGAGAGAAGUCUCCAGAGAAAAUGCUUCGGGACAAGACUGAUGUUAGUCCUAUUGCUUCAGAUGAAAAAAAGGCGAGCAAAGUUUCAUUAAAAUCACCCAAAGAGACUGUCAAAUCUUUGAAAGCCUGUGAAGAUAAAAGUAAUGAGAAUGUUCUAAAAGACAGAGACUCUUCAAACAUUGUAUCUCAGUUGUUAGGAAAAAGUGCAAGUAAAAAUAGUAAAAAAACUAAAGGUGAUAUAGAAAAUAAACAAGAUAAACCAUUUUCAAACAAAAAAACAGUGAAGAGGAAGUUUGAGGAGACUGUUGAAGAUGCUGAAAAAGAUCUAGGGCCUAACAAACCAAAGAAGCACAAACCGGUGAAAACGAACACAACUCCUGGAGCUUCAGAGGUCGAACCAGAAGAAGCUGCUGUAGUGGAGGAAGUUAGUGAUGAGGAAACAGAUGAUGAUGAUAUUCUAUAUUCCCUCACUACUGAUUGUGAUAGUGUACAUAGUGUAGAUGAAACAGAGGCCCUAAAAAAUUCCAGUGAAAUUUCCAAGAAGAAGCCCAAAGAUACCUCAAAGUCAAAGAAAAGUGUGGGACUUUCUGGCGCUGUCGUGAUACCUGGAUCUGGAGCUGAAUCCAGUUCUGUUCCUGGAACUGCCAAAAAGAAUGGAGGAAAGAAAAAAAAGAUGUCACUUAUGGACUCCAAAAAACAGUCAAAGGACUGGAUAGCAAAAUCAGGUCUCAUUCGCUCCGCCUCGCCACCUCCUCUGUUUACGGCAGUGAAACACUUGAUGGGUGACCCAAACACAGACGACCCGUCAAAACCGUCGGGGAACUCCCUGCCUGACCCUGUGUCACCGGAGGCUUCAGAAACCUACUUGGCUGACGUGCCAUCUUCCUACUCAUUGGCAGCAGAGGAACCUGUGACAGAGGAACAGCCACUCAGCCCAGGCACAAUCUCAUACAAGUCUCUCUUAGACAGUCUGCCUGACCAGAUGCGUCCAGGUCAUAAGGGCUCAAAGAAGGGAAACAGUAAAGGCUUGCAUGGGGUGGGGAGGGACGGAGCCAGCAGCAGGAACAGCUUGCUGGGUGCAGGCUUUGCCAGCACGGUGGGCAGGGAGCCUGUGGAGAGGAGAACGAGCGUGCGCACCACCGAGUGUGCCUUCCGCUACAAGCAGAUUGUGGUGAAGAAGUGCUGCCGCUACACACAGGUCUGGCUCAACACACAGACUGUUAUGCAGAACGCGUUGAACCCCCAGGUAAUCCAAGAAAUGGUAUCAGCGCUGAACUCUGCGAAGUACGAUGACAGUCACUUGGUGCUCUUCUCAAGCCUGGGCAACGUUUUCUGUUCUGGCACAGAUUUACACUUUCUAGUCUCCGGUGAUCGACGGAUGGCAGCUCGACAAAUGGCAGACAGUAUUCGAGAGCUGACCAAAACCUUUAUCACAUUCCCCAAGCCGAUCAUUGCUGCAGUGUCUGGGGCGGCUGUGGGUUUGGGCGUGUCCCUUCUGGCGCUGUGUGACGUGGUCUACGCCAGCGACAAGGCGUCCUUUCAUCUGCCGUACUCACAGCUGUCACAGACACCAGAGGGCUGCUCCUCCUUCACUCUGCCACUCACUCUAGGAUUGCCUUCUGCCAAUGAACUGCUGUACGGUGGGCGAAAGAUCACGGCCAUGGAGGCGUAUCAGCUGGGUCUGGUCUCCCAGGUGUUCUGGCCCACGCUCAUGAUGCAGGAAGUCAUACCCAGGGCUCAGAACAUGGCCACCUGCUCUGCCAAGGCGUUGGAAGCAACGAAACUUUUGAUUCGUAGUCACCACCGCACAAAGAUGGAGCUGACUAAUGAGACAGAGUGCAAUCUUCUGCUUGAGCGCUGGUCUUCGGUGGACUGCCAGCAAGCAGUGGAGGCGUACCUAAGCAACGAGAAGAAUCUCUCUUUUUAGUGGUCUCAUCAUCCCUGGAUGUUCAUUUUUAUGUGCACUUACAUGCUCAUGUACACAGAACCAGCAAAAAAACAUAUUUGAAGUGUCAUAGCUGUGUACAUUGUAUGUAAUAGUACAUAAUUAACAUUCAAACCACCAGCAAAUGUAUGUUUUUAAGUCAGUGUUGACCCCUCCAUGUACAUCCAUGAUGUUCUUUUUCUGUGCAUAUUGUAAAGCCCAUUGAAUUUGUCUUAAUUUAUGGAGAGUAUGAAAUUGCUCAUAUCAUUUGUGGGACUGAAAUAUAAGUUGUGUUCAGUGGGUUUAUAGGGAUGAAACUUCUUUGUGGAUGAGCUCUAACCAUUUUUCCUUAUAUUCUUCAUUUCAUAGAGGCCUGGAUUUUUUUUUCUCCUAUUUUCUUCAGAUUGGCGUACAAAAUUAGCGUCUUAUUGAGUUGUAAUGAUAGCCAAUCUUGCUUAUUUUCUCAUUACUCUUUUGUAUUAUAUAUGCCCUUGGCAGCAGGCACAAGUGAUGUGAAUUUGCUCUUAAUUCUUGCUCGGGAAAGCUAUUGUAUCGGAUUUGCACAAUUUUAAUGUUGAGGUGUGUCUUGCGCAGCCUAGGUUGGUCCUGAUGUUCAGGGGCGAAGCAAUCCUCGUCAGGAAUGAAAAAAAUUGUGUUGAGUGAGCUGUAAGACAGUGACAAGAUUUUACAACCAGAGUGGAGUCUGCUUAAACUGAAAUCUGCUGGACUGCUGGAUUUUAAAAAAUUUUCAGUUUAGAGAGAUUGUUCAAAUAAGGAAGUAACAAAUUGGGAAUACUAUUUUCUUUCGGCUUACUGUUGUGUUUGGAGUAAUUGUUUUUGGUUCAAGCGGAUUUCAUUGUUAUUUUCUCGUAACUCAUUACUUAGAAUUGAUUUUACUAGUCAAGUUUUUUGGGACGCUUUACUCAGCAGGGCUGUCUUGACCUGUAUGUAAAAGGUCAUGUUCAUGCAAUGUAUGCUCCUUGAGUGCUGCCGAUGAUGAAUGGCUUUGGAAUGUGUACAUGUCAUUCCAGAGACGAUAGAUAUUAAGUGUUCAUCAGCCCUUCUUUUACACUAUUCUUGUUAUUGGCGCCUCACGCCAACUGUGCUUACAAUAUAAUGAGCGUAACCCCAUAAAACUAAGGGUUAUACAUUCUAAAGUCUGUAUUGCGAGUUUACAUGAAGCCUUUAAUGCCGGUGGUUCUCUCAUGCAUUUCUCUGUUCUUUAUUCCUUCAAUAAAAGUUAAUGAAAUAAUUGGUAAGUUGAUGAAGUAAUAAGAUGCAUAUGUAUCUUCAAUGUCGUGUCCGUUUUUAAAAUUUACUCUUUUUUUAAUGCUGUGUAGUAUGAAGGAGGGGUCUGUUUGUAGGAAUGCAACAGCCCAAUAAUUCUACCUCUUCUGCAGUAAUUUCAAGUCUUAGUGCUGCUGGUAAAUAAAAGGGCACUAUGUUUGCAUUAAUGAUUAAUGCCAACCGGGUAUGGACUGAUGCAUACAGAUAUCUUGAAAUAGCUCAGAUCUGAGCUCUAGUCACAAACAGUGUCACUUGUAUCACCCAUUUAAAUUCUUUGUGAGUCUCGAACACACAAGUUUGUGUGUACCUUGAGUUCCGCAUCUACUGUUUCUGUGUAUUGGGUCUCAGCCAUAAGCAACACACGUCCUUAUUGCUCUAAAUUACUUUUAUGAUGGUGCAAAAUGUUUAUUAUGGUGAGCAAUCAUUGCAUCUUAGUGCACUAAAUAUUUUUUCAUUCCUCUACAUGGUUUUAUUUGGCCAUGUUCUCCACCGGUGGGUCCAUGCUGCACACACGUUGUGCUCGUCUGUCCUGUAACAUUGUGCUGGGUGGCACGGGUGCAUCGUAGGGAACCCCUGUCCAGUGCCUUUUCUCCUCCUGCGUGAUACUUGGUACAAGUGUACCAGAUGCUCCACAUGGUACAGUGUUGACUGCGUGGCAUCAGUUGACAUGUCACUGCAUACAAAGACUAACCUGUACAAUUGUUCAUGUGAGGAAAAAAAUCCUCCUAAUUCAGACCUCUUCAUUGUUAAGAUGCCGUUUUGUUUGUCAAGUCAGUUUGGUGAAAUAGUUGUUAUACUUCCCUGUUGAUGCAGUCUAUGUAUUACAAUCAUUCUUCUGUGGAGAUCGGGAUGGCUUGUCCUAAUUGGACCAUUGUACUUUUGGCUGAAAUUUGGAAACGAAAUAAAUAUAUAUAUAUAGUAUUGGAAAUGGAAAUGAUAGUCCAGUUACUGGGAGAUGAAAUGCAUACCAAAUGACAUAUAGAAUGAAAUAUAGAAAUGACAUAUAGAAUGAAAUAUAGAAAUGACAUAUAGAAUGAAAUAUAGAAAUGACAUAUAGAAUGAAAUAUAGACGGUUGUUAUUGAUCUUGAAAUAUAUAUACGAGAAAUGGAUGAGGAAAAAUAAAUAAGUGUAAGAACUAUAACGUGUCAAAAUGUCAUAAGAAUGUUCAGUAUCUUUCAUUUUCCAAAGCUUAUGGGUUUGAUACCUGUUAUGUAGAGUAUACCAUUAUGUAAAUGCUGGUGUAUUUUGUUUCUUCUAACAGAUUUUCUUUUUCAAAGAGAGAUAAGAACUUGUAUAUUUUUAUGCAAAUUUCUUUGUGACUUUGUGAUACCUUCUUUCAUUUUGAAAUGCUAUGCUUUUCUUGAGUUGACUGUUUCUUUGCGAUGUCUGGAUCUGCUCCCUUGCACCGAAGUGGCCUGGUUGUGUCCUUCUUGCUGUGAAAACAAAACCCACUCUCGGCACUUACUCCCCAUCCCCGCUUGUUUUUAUGGGUUUCUAGUUGUUCCUUUUCAGUGAACUGAAAAGGGAAUUAAAUCCUCUUGUGUCGUACCCUAUUGAUCACCUUUACAGUCUCAUUAUAGUGUGUUUAUGUUGAGUUCUUCCUGGAAGGAUUAUGCUACAAUUGUAGAUGACAUGGUUUCUGUUUUCAUAGAUGUUAUUUUGUUGAAGGGCGUAUGAUCAUUGAACAAUCCACCUGAGAGUGCUGUUGAGUCUUAAGAGUGUAUGAUCAUUGUACAAAUCCGCUUUGUGAAUCGUAUGCAGGUUCCACAACAUAUUGCUGUACAUAAGUCUUGUUUCAUUCCUCUCAAUGCCUUUGACAAAAAAAUGUGAUGAUGACAGUGUGUUUUAACCUCCCUUCUCCUUGUAGUUUAGCUCCCUAGGCAUCUUGCCGGCCAUAGCCCUCCCAAGGGAAAGUGUGUAUGAUAUUACAGUGUCGUGCAGCAGUGGUUUUGUUUGCGUGUUGAUGAAGGAAGUAUGAUCGUUUCUUUUUCUGGUAUUGCUAUCAACUUUUAAGUUAUGAAUUUGUUUGAAUGUUUGAAGCUGCUAGUUGAAAUGGGUAGCACACUUGAGUUUUGUAUGCAACCAAAGUAUAUAUUUUAUGCUUAUUUGAGUAAGCGUAUCGGGUAAACAUUAGCUCAGUAUUUGAGCAUGGUGUGUUGACUUGACUGAAUGCAUGGUAUAGUCUGACUGAGGAGUGUUCUGUGGCUUUUGUCUUGUGUGGAGCGGGUAAGAAGUUUGUGAAGUUCGGUAUUCUGGCCAUCUUUUCUGUAGUCAUUAUUGUUGAGGUCAAAGCAUUUAGUAUACAGUUCUUGUCAAAGAAUUUUUAAUUUAUUUUUGUGACAGCAGCAUGAAUUGUGUUAGUUAUGUCAUUACAGAUUCACAUGAUAAAUAGAAGCGAUGACUCUUUGUCACUAUCACAUGAAUAUCUGUGACGCUGCAACUUUAAGGAUAUUUUGGCAUAACAGUGCUUCCAGUUAGCUCACAAGAAAUGAAUUUCAGGUAUCUAUUUGUUUUAGAUUGCUGGCGAUUGUCAUUUAGUUAUUUGUAUUUCCAAGAAGUUUUAUAUAUACUAUUAUAUGAGUAUGCUGUAUUGGUAGGCAUGUGUUAAUGGUUUUGGGACACUGACUGGCCAAGUCUGAAGUUCAAUGAAAAUGUUUGUAAUUUCUGAUCUUUGAACAAAAUGGUCUACAUCAGGUGAAGACGUAGGUUCACCCUUGAAGCUAUACAAAUGGUGCUAAAAUAAAACAGGUUUCGUGCUGGAUUACUUAAAGAGGGACAGAAUCGGACUUAAUCUGUCUCCGGUCAAUAGCACUCUCCCUGAGUUGGCCUCGUUGUGUUCAACAUCAUUGAUACUCCGUAGGUUCGGGUCAGAUGGGUAGCCUCUGUGUUGCUGGGUCAAAAGACUGCUGGUUUUAGGUCCUUUUUUUACACUGUGUGCAAGUUUCACUUUUGGUCUGGUGUUUACUCCAAAGCCUCAUUAAAUGGGAGUUAAAUGUAUUGUUUCAAAUCUUCCUGUGAAAAAGAUGACUGAAUAUGGCUCAUGUUUAGUUGAAGUUUUAUCAAUCAGUAUUUUUGUUCAGCAUGACCUGUACAAGUGCAACCCUUCCAUCUCACGUUGCAUCUCUCUUCAUGAUUUUCAUCAUCUUUCGAGAUGUGUUUCAGGCGCCAAAAACACAUUGAAACUGAAUUUUACAGCAAAGAGACAGGCAGCGACAUUACAACAUUCAAAGCAUAUUAUUUGUCACUUUCCGUCUAUGUUAUGCAAUGCAAACAGCAGCAGCAUUUGAAUUUGCAGCAUAGUGUGGAACGUUUGCUGUUUGCUUGUGUUGCCAGGUGUAAAACUGGGGUCUUGAUAUUUCUGAGCUCAAGUUCUUGAAAAGACCAUUAUUGUAACUUUUUGUUUUAUGGUCUGAAUAGUUAAGUUAAGGUCAGAAGAAGACCCGUCAUUUGGUUUCCACUGCUUUCUGUUUCUGAUAACUGGCUCAAGCUUGCAUUUGUUCAAGGGUCAUUGGAAUAAGGAAGAAGCCAGCUUUGUGUUGAUAUUCAGGAAAUGCAAUUUUUAAAUAUUUGAAAAAAUCUUUUGAAUGUUUCCAAUACUUUGAAUUUAGUAACAUAUCUGUGAAAAAAACCCUAAACCAGUCCUAAGAUUGAGACACAGUUUGUCAUACCACAGUAUUUUGAUGGUUUAUAAAGAAGUCAGUUGAGUUACUUUGAGGUCUUAUUGCUAUUGUUCAAAAUCUGUGGUCAGAGCUGAAGGCAUGCACCUUUGCACUUUGUCUUUAGUUUGUUUGUCUUUGGAAAGAAAAAGUAGUUUGGCAAAUAUGCUGACAAAUUGUGAAAACUCUUUAUCUUGUUAUAUAAAGACAAGAUUUGAUUAAAUUCAUGAAAGCAUGAUGUUUAAAAUGGUCACAAAAGUGGGUCAGCAGGUUUCAUUAAGAAAUUUUUUCAACCAAUUUAGUUCAUUCUUUAGAGUUUAGUCGAUAAAAAGACUGGUAUUUAAACAACCUUUUUAAUGUUUACAAAGAUUCUAAGUGUCUCGAGGAAUUGGAGUUCAAUGUUGGUAUUAUUAGUUACUACAUGGUGACUCGUUGGAGUUAUCCAUUGUCUUUAUGUUCCGUCAGGACUGGACAGUUUUAACAGGAGUGUACAUUGCCGAGUUUUAAGAACACAAGGCACAUUCACAUUCCUGACAUAGCUGCUCCACAUUGUGGUCUUUUUUGUUGCGUUGCAUUUUAAUUGGUAAGGGAACAAAUAAUAUUGUUACUCUCAUGACCAAAUUUGUUUUAAGCUGUGCUAUUUUCAUUCAUCAUUAGCAAAUCAGGGCUUUGAUUUGUGACUAGAUAAACUUUGAACAUUUUCUUGUAAGUAGGCCUAGAAGUAAGUUCUUUGAGAAAAUAUAUUUGUAGUGACUAAGUAAAUAAUUUUCUGAUAUUUUGGUAGGUGGAAAUGGUUGCUCCCUCAAGGUGAACUUCUCUGAUUUUAUUAUGCCGUAGGUAGUAGUAAUAAAUACUCCCUGAAUUAGGGACAAAAGUCCUCCCCGGGUAUAAUGAGACAUGCAGUAAAAACAAAGGAGUAAUGUAACUUGUGAGUGUGGCAUGUUUGGUCUGGCCUCUCACUGUAAUCUGGUAUAUGAUUCGGUGAUGAAAUUAGAUAGGGUUACUGUGCGUUUUAUGCCUUAGCAUAUAGUUUGAGUUCCUCAAAGGGGGUGCGCCUUCCAAGUUUUACUUUUCUUUUUUUUUCUUUUAAAAACUUUUAAGUGCUGUGUACAGCAAAUGGAUAUUAUAAAUUUAAUUACCUGAAUGUGUAUGACAAGUUUAAAGUGCGUGGUAUGAAUGUAAGUUUGUGACAAAGUACUCAUCACCUUUAAUUUAUUUUUUCAUGAUUAUCCAGAUGAAGUGUGUGAAACUGAAUGCUCCGAGGAUGUCAGGUUUUUGUCAAACAGGAAGCCUGUGAAGAUGAAUACUUUUAAUGAAAAAAAGGAAGGGGGUUGGCAUAGACUAACUGUACUAAUUGAAAAUACAUAUAUUUCUAAUAUUACUUAAAAUAAUUUUUAUUUUUUACUUUCACCCUCCCCACCCCGUCCCCUAAACACACACACACACACACACACACACACACACACACACACACACACACACACACACUCACAAACACACACACACCCACACAAGCGAUACAUUUUUUUCACUGUCGCUUGAAAAGGUUAUUAUAGAACUCUGUCACAUACACAUACUAAUAGUAUACACACAGAGUAUACACUUUUGCUUCCCCGUAUUGAAUAAGAUGCAUAUGAUAUUGGUACUUUAUUCUAGAGCCUUUUUCCCUCGUCUGUUUGUUGUUGGUUGUUAUUCGAAUGGUCUGUGGUUCUCUCGACUUCAGGAACAAAAUUUCUCUCAAUACCUCAGCUGAAUCUUUUCUUUUCUGUGCCCCAGCGGUCUCUAUCCUUUAGUGUGUGCACAUAUUUCCAUCUGACUGAGAGUUGUGACACGUGUCAAAAUGUAGCUUUUGUAGUUGUAGGUUUUCCUUUUUGUGAUCUCAACCUGUACUUUGAAUACGAAGUACUGUGGAGUCCGCUUCAGAUAAACUUUUAAGGACAGACAGCAGUAGCAUCUUUCAUGUAUUUGAAUAAUUUCAAAGGGGACUGCGGGAAAUUAAGGCUGGACCUUUAGACUCUUAAAUUUAGAACAAGUAGACCAGAGACUUUUGUAAAUCACUCAUCAACAAUUUUGAACGAGAUUAUUGUUUCUUUCAGUAUUAAGACAAGUUGUCUCAAUAAGAAGGGGAAAAAAAGUUUAUUGCAAGAGGACUUCAUUGUAUUGGUCCAACCCGCGGAUUGUAAGGACUUGUGCAUGUACUUUCAGUCCUACCGAGUAGAAGUGUAAUGAAGCGAGUGUAUGAAUGUGAAAGAGGGAUGGCUCUGUGAAUGUAAUUGCUGUAUCAACUGUCUAGUCUGCCAUGUCUAAACAGUGUUCAAAUUCAAUAAAAUUGUGUAUAAAUGAA